AUGUCCCUCCUCCCCCAAACACAACGCAAGGAUUCUAGCCGGCCGGUCGUCCUGCUUGUGUACUUUUUGCGGGACAACUAUGUGGAGACGACGGAACGCCGUCUUUAUGAAAGCCUGCGCAACAACGCUACCCUCCUGGAGGCUCGGGACGCUCAAACAGCAUUGCAACACUUGACAAUCACUCCGCCUCCUCAAGUAGCCCUCGUUGCAGAUGCAAACGUCACUGAAGCCGCGAACACGCCUCUUCUAGAUGCACUCGUUGAGUAUGCUCGGGGCGGGGGCAGGGUCAUCUUCGGCGUACGUUUCAGCGCCCAUUUCCCCUACUUCGAUGUCUCCCAUUUCUUCCGC